ACGAAAUUCAUUGCGGCAAUGGAGUCGUUGAUAUUAGAGAAGAAUGCGAUGCAGGUCCAGACGGUCUGGAGGGCAAAGACAAAUGCUGCAGCAGCAUCUGUCUGCUCAGAGAAAACGCUCGCUGCAGUGAUUUCAACAGCAAGUGUUGCCGAAACUGCCAAGCUGCUCCAGCGGGAACCAAAUGUGGAACAGACCCAGACAGUCAGUGUGUAAAAAGUGCAACGUGCGAUGGCGUCAAACAUAGUUGUCCUCCUUCUGUCCCUCUAGCCGAUGGCGCCGCUUGCCAAGACAGUCGUGUGUGUUUUGGAGGCAAGUGUCUUUCCUCGUGUGAAGUGCUUGAAAAAAAGAACGGGAGGACCUACGAACCAUGCCAGUGCAAACAUGAGAUUAAUGCCUGCAAACACUGCUGUAAGGAGGUCCUUGGCAACAAAAAAUACGGCCCAUGUUUACCAACUGAAACGUCUCUUGGCUCUGGAGAACCCUGCUACAAAGGUGUAUGCAAUGAACAAGGAGAGUGCGUGCCAGAGGAGGAUGUUCCUUGCGGCAAUGGUAUCUUAGACGAAAACGAAGAAUGCGACGUAGGAGAGAGCGUCGUGAAAAACCAAGAUAAAUGCUGUAACAGUACUUGUCAUCUAAGAGUAUCUGGGCAAUGCAGUGGUGUCAGCGAACCGUGCUGUAAAGACUGCAACAUCGCACAAGAAGGAACUGUUUGUGGAGAUCCCAAUGAAGAUCCUUGUUGGGAGCGCGCAAAGUGCGAUGGUGUUUUCGCCGAUUGUCCGGUUCCUGAGCUAAAAGAGAAUGGAAUAGCCUGCCAUGGAGAAGGCCGGUGUGUUUACGGCAGAUGUAUUACCAAGGACUGUCAGGAGCUUGGAGAUAAGAAUAAUCGGCUGUACAGAGCCUGCAUGUGUGAUAACGAUAUUAAUGCCUGCAAAAGCUGCUGUCAGGAGGACCUUGGCAACAAAAUAUACGGCCCAUGUUUCCCAACAGAAACGCGUCUUGGCCUUCGGGAACGCUGCUACAACGGUGUAUGCAAUGAACAAGGAAAGUGUGUGUCAGAGAAGGAUGUUCCUUGCGGCAAUGGCGUCUUAGACACUGAAGAGGAAUGCGACGCUGGAGAGGAAAGCUUAAAAAACCAAGAUAAAUGCUGUAACAGUACUUGUCAUCUCAGAGAAUCUGCACAAUGCAGUGGUUUCAACAAACCGUGCUGUAAAGACUGCAAAAUCGCACCACAAGGAACUGAUUGUGAAUAUAACUUUGACCUGCCGUGUAUGGAGAGCGCAAAAUGCGAUGGUGUUUCCACUGACUGUCCGUCUGCUGUGCCAAAAGAGAAUGGAGCAGUCUGCAUCGGAGAAGGCCAGUGUAUUAACGGCACAUGUAUUACCAAGGACUGUAACGAGCUGGGAAAAAAGGAAAAGAAGUUCUACAGGGCCUGCAUAUGUGAUCGUAAUGUGAUCGAUGCCUGCAAACGCUGCUGUCAGGAGGACUUUGGCAACAAGACUUACGGCGAAUGUUUACCAAGAAAUACACCUCUUGGCUUUCGAGAACGCUGCUACAACGGUGUAUGCAAUGAACAAGGAAAGUGCGUGCCAGAGAAGGAUGUUCCUUGCGGCAAUGGCGUCUUAGACACAGAAGAGGAAUGCGACGCUGGAGAGGAAAGCUUAAAAAACCAAGAUAAAUGCUGUAACAGAACUUGUCAUCUCAAAGAAUCUGCACAAUGCAGUGGUUUCAACAAACCGUGCUGUACAGACUGCAAAAUCGCAAAAGAAGGAACUAAUUGUGAAUAUAACUUUGAACUUCCGUGUAUGGAAAGCGCAAAGUGCGAUGGUGUUUCCGCUGAUUGUCCGUCUGCUGUGCCAAAAGAGAAUGGAAUAGCCUGUCGUGGAGAAGGCCAGUGUAUUAACGGCAGAUGUAUUACCACAUACUGUAAGGAGCUGGGAGAGAAGGAUAAUCGGCGCUACAGAGCCUGCAUGUGUGAUCAUGACGCUUCUGUAGCCUGCAAGCGCUGCUGUCUGGAGGUCUUUGACAACGAUACAAAUGGUCCGUGUUUCCCUACGACCGAAACACUUAGACCUGGACAACGCUGCUACAACGGUGAAUGCGAUGAAAAAGGAGAGUGUAUUCCAUCGGAAGGCCUUUUUACUGUCCGGCUAUUCAACUUCUUCAACAAUUUGGAUUUUGACACUCUCGCGGAGACCAUGAAGACUAACCUCGUCAUGACUGUCGUGUUUCUGACAGCACUGUUCUGGAUCCCAAUCAGCUGCUGCAUUUCCUGCAUGGACGGGAAAAACAAAAAACCCGCACCUAAGAAACCGAUGGCACGCAAAAAACCACCCACUAAAAAAAUGUCUUCGUCCGUGGAUCCCAAGUCUUAUGAAAUGAGGAAUGUGAAUCCGGCAGGAUCUUCAGUCGAUUCCGGCAGGAUCUUCAGUCGAUUAGACAGGAUCUUCAGUCGAUCCGUCCGCACAACCGUAAGGUCCAACGCCUGCCAAACGCCAAUGAAGGGAUGUGGACAAGAAUAAAAUAAGUCCAUCAGUACUGUAAAAAACAGUAUUAACACGAAAUAUUUCAAAGUCUGGCCUAACACCGACAGACUAAAUAAGAUCUAAAAUAUUUUGUCUUAUCGGAUGAAAGACUAUUACUUUUUAAAAUAUCACAAGUACACACCGAAGAAUAUAACAUUUCUUAAAUUACAUAUUUAAGACUUGUUUCUAUAACUUAACACUGUUUUAAAGAAGCAAAUUAAAUCCAAUGCUUUUAAACAAGCCGCUAGGAAAGAUGUACUGACAAGGCUGAAAGUAUACAUCGAGUUUUAUCUCACACAAAAAAUUAAUUUUAAAGUUUAAAAUUGUUUUUGUGCACAGCGUUUCUAUGAAAUGGAUUAUCUAAAUAGAUUUAAUGCCUUUCUUUUUAUUAGUAUUAGCUCGUUUCAGUUUGACUUGGUUCGUUGGACUGUAUUUAAAAACAAUUCUAGCUAGUGUUCGUACACAUGGCGCUGGACACUGAACUAUUUAAAAGUAAGAAGUAUAUCUAUAUCUAGAUAUUCCCACAGACAGAUAAGAAAACUACAUUUUCAAUGUAGCUCAUUGUGAUAUAUUUGAAAUUCGUUAUUCAGUAGUUAAGACGGAUUUGAACAGUUUCUUUACUCAGACAAGGAAAUAAAACAUUUUAAAGGAAGAGUAAAUAUUCAGAAACUUUUUGUGGAAAGAUUGUGUGCCUUCCAGUUGUUACGCGGAGUAAAGAAUGAUGGAAGAGAUUGUUUUGACAUCUUUUGACGUUGAAAUUUUGUAAACUGUUUUAAAGAAUUAUAUACAAUGCUUUUAACAAGAUCGUAGGAAAAAUGUCAUGACGAGACUG